AUGCAAGAGCUAAAGCUAGCUACGACGAGAGAUGUGAAGCUACUCAUUGAAUUUCUGAGAGAAAAACACGAGCAAAGAAAUCCUGAAGACAUCGAAGGCAAAGAAUUGAACGUAUAUCUCUGCGAGUUUAUCCUUAGGGUGAUGCGAAAAGACGGCAAAGACUUUGAAACUUCGAGUCUUAAAGGUCUAUAUUCAAGUUUUAAUCAACAUUUGAAAGAAUGCAAAUAUCCCGUCAGUGUCAUCGAAGACGUUGCUGUUGAACGCGCAAGAAAAUGUAUUGAAGCUAAGAACAAGCAACUUAAAAAGGAGGGCAAAGGUAAUAGACCAGAUGCAGCGGAAGCG